AUACAAUUGCCCAUCCGGUCCUAAAACCCUCCGGCCUCCUCAGCCCUCACCUUCAUUCCCCUGUUAACAAAAUUUUAGGGUUUUUGCUCUGUUUUUUUUUUCUUGUAAUAUAAUAUAAUAACUAAAAUGGCCAAAGACAAGAAAUUUAUAUUAAAGAUUUCAUGUUUUAGUUCAAAAGGUGAAAUCUUUGCUGCAAUACUUCCUGAUAAUACACUCAAAGUGUGGAACACGAACAAUGGAAAUUUGUUAGCUGAAUGGAAGCAUUCUGAUGAAGAUUCUGAUGUUCAGUUUUCUUGUAUUGCCUGUAGCUUUGUUGGAACAAAGAAGCGCAGAAAAGAAAACGGAACUUGUUUGGUGGCACUGGGAACAGAUAGUGGUGAGGUUUUUACCAUCAAUGCUACUAAUGGCGAGUUAAUGUGGAAAUCAUCUGGAGAUCAUCAUGGUAGAAUUGUUGCUCUCUCAUUUGCAAAUCAAGGACCGAAAGUUUGUGUUAUUAGCACUGAUGGCACAACUUGUGAAUUGAACUCCGGAACUGGAGAGCUUUUGAAAGAAACAAAAUUUUCGAAGAAAUAUAUCUCUACAUCUGUAUAUAUUUUUGAUGAUAAAAUAUUAGCUGCAGCGAGUUCCAAGAUUCGAGUCCUUAGUUUGGAAGACGGGAAUGAAUUACUCAAGUUUUCAACCGAUUCGGGUCCGGUGCAGCUCAUGUGUAUGUUGGACAACUCAAACGCCAUUAUUACAUCCGGACAUGGUGACAAUAAUCUUCAAGUGUGGAAAAACAAAUCAGACACCGGAAAAGUAAGCAGUGGACCUGUGUUGUCAAUGAGACAUCAUCCUUUAGCGAUUGAAUGCAAGAAUGGCCCCAGUGGAGAUGAUUUAGUUGUACUCUCAGUUUCAGAGUCGGGUAUAGUUUAUAUAUGGAACUUGAAGACCUCAACCAAAGGCAAUGUAGAUCCAACAAAGAUUAAAGUUGAAGCUAGUAAAUCUAAAACUGACAUCAAUGAUGGUGGGAAAACCAAGAAACAUCACAAUUCCAUACUAGCUGCUAAAAUAUAUUCAAUCAGUGGUGAUGAUCAGGCUACAGCCCUUAUUGUUUAUGGUCUAUUAAACUCUCCACAGUUCGCUUUAGUAGAUGUUAUUUGUUCUGGGGAAGAUAUUAUUGUAAAUGCUAGUGCUGAUAUCCAAGAAAAUAUAGUGAAUAACGGAAAAGACCAGAAAGAUGUGCGAAGUAAGAAACGUGCUGCAUCUGAUGCAGACUUUGAAACUGCCGGAGUAAACCUUGAUAUAGAUCAUGCAGACCCUAUGGAUGGAGUUCAAAUUGAUGAUGAUAUUGGUGCACCAACAAUGGGUGAGAAGUUGGCCAGCUUAAAUAUAAUAAACAAUGAAGAUGGGAGUGACAAGAAAGCUGAGAUGUCUACUGCCAAGCCUCCGAGUGCUGAUUCUGUUCAUGUUUUGCUUAAACAGGCACUGCAUGCAGAAGAUCGGGCGCUUCUGCUUGAUUGUUUAUCUAGACAAAACGAAAAGGUUAUUACAAACUCAGUUGCUCUAUUAAAUCCAUCGGACGUCUUCAAGCUUCUUGAGUCUCUCAUAUCCGUGAUCCAAUCCAGGGGUUCUGUUGUAGCUUUUGCCCUACCAUGGCUUAGAAGCUUACUUCUUCUACAUGCAAGCAGUAUAAUGUCUCAAGAGUCGUCUUUGAUCGCUCUCAACUCCUUGUAUCAGCUUAUUGAAUCUCGAGUUUCAACUUUCAAUUCAACGCUUCAACUGUCAAGUUGUUUAGACUUGCUAUACACAAAGACGAUUGAUGGAGUUGAUGAAGAAGAGCCAUUGGAGCCUAUUAUUUAUGAAGAUGAGAGCGACGAUGAUGAGUCUGAAGAAGAUGGUGACGCUAUGGAUACUGAUGAAGAAGACAAUGAAGAACUUGAAGCAGUCAGUAAUGUUAGCGAUCUUGAAGGAAGUGAUGGCAUGAUUGACUAUUAGUAUCUUGUCUUUGUUACCUACGCGUUGUAAUCCCAUACCCUUCUAAGUUCUAACAUUGUAUGCUUAUGGGUGUAUACGAGUAGUAUCAAAAUCCUAGUCAAAUUUUAUGAACAAAAACCGCGAGUGAUGUAUCUGAGAAUAUACAUAUCUGGAGAUGGCAGUUUUGACACAUAUCAUUAUGAAUCUGAUGUUUGGUUCACUA